ACCGUUAAACGUCAAACCUUUUACAGUCCCAAAUCAAACAGAGCUUUAGCCCCUUUGUUCAAUUUCAUCUACUCGCGAAAGGAAAAGUCUCCAACUUUCUCUCGGCGAUGGGGAAGAACCAAGGUUACAAGGCUAUGCAGAGAGCCAGAGUUGGCUCUAGCUCCGGCUCCGCCGCGCCGGACGAGAUCGAAGACGGCAUGGUGGAUGGUUCAUAUCAUACACCAGAGUGGCAUGCUGCUCGUUUGGCUGGUCUCCAGACUACGCACACCAUUACUUGGGAAGAAUAUAAGAAGAAGCAAAAGGAAGAAGAAAUGAAAAAGGGGGAACUUGAAGCAGAUACUGAUAAGUUGAUGCGUGAGUACAGAGCUCAGCUGGAUGCCGAAAGGGCAAUGAAACUCUCUAAGGGAAGGAACUUCUCCAGCGAUAAAUCCAGAAAAGAUAGGAAGGAGAGAGAUGUCACAGAUAAAAAAGACAGAGAUUCUAAGAGAAAGAAAAGCAAAAAGAGAAAGGUGCUUCCUCGUAACAACCACAUCGACGUUCGAGAAGGCAUUCGUCUGACUCAAGCUCCUCCUCCUCAAGCUCAUCCUCCGAGUCAUCAAGCAGCGAUGAAGAGGAAUCUAGAAGGUCAAGGUCAAGUUCUAGAAGAUCUAAAAGGGAGAAGAAACACAAAUCUAAAGGUAGCAGACACUCGAGCAAAAGCAAAGAUGUGGAUGAUGGUCCAGUGCCUUUGUCGAAAUUCUUUGGCAGUCUUAAGAAGAGUUAGACACCCAUUUGAAGAUUUGUGUUUCAUCAUAUACUCAAUUUGUUACACUGGAUUCAAUAAUUGCAUAAUCUUCAGACAUGAAAACUAUUUUUGAGAUUGAUUUAAACUCUUGUCUUAAAUGAUUGCAACAAGAAAAUGAGGACAACUUACAAAUACGUAGACAGAGAGAGAGAGA